CUAGCAAUUACAUAUAAGCUAUUUCCCCACUUUGUAUAAUUGUAUUCCUUUCCCAGCUUCCCUUGUUUUAAACAUUUAUUCAGAACGAGGUGGAAGCCAUGGAAACUUCUCAGCAGCCUCUGUCCAUUGAAAGUUUUUCAUACAGUUGGUUAGUGAAUCUCAAGCCUCCUUCUUUCGAAAGCCUCGACAACUCCCUUAGGACUUCGCUAGAUGCAUCCGAUGAAGCCUCCUUCAUCGAGAUGGACCCAACAAUGCCACCCUCUCAGAGAUUUUUUAGGAUUCCCCAGCAGGAUUUCAAAUUUGACUCACAAUCUCCUCUCUCUACUCUUGUUCAUGCUGAUGAGCUCAUUUCCAAUGGCUAUCUUUUGCCACUUUCGGUUGAUGAUCCAUUGAAGAACAUAGGGUCCUAUGACGAUUAUUAUGAUCAAGCCAGCUCGAAUUCCAGUACUGCAAACAUUCCUGUCUCUUCAUCAAAAGAAGCUUUUCCAACAGAUAAAACUUCUGCAGAUUGCUCUAAUUCCUUGCGAAAGUGCAGAAGAUUAUCGAAAAGAAUAUUUGAGAAGUACUUGGAUUUUCUCAAACCCUUGUACAAAAGGAUUACAGGUGGUCAUAAAGUGAAUCAUAAAGCAGCUGGGAAUCAUUUAGAUAAAAGGUUCCACUCAGCAAAGAACAGCCGGGUGUAUUCAUCAGAAACUGCAUCUCCGCGAAUAAGUGUAGCCUAUUCUGCCCCCGAUGAUUGGCGAAGGUCCUGUGAUUCCGAGAGCUCUAUCUAUGAGGCAGUUCUUCACUGCAAAAGAUCAAUAGGAAACUAGGUCAAUUGAGGACCAACAAAUUAAGCAGUGGAAAUAGAGGAAGAAGAAAGAGA